AUGGAAAUUCACGACUUACGUGCUUUUCCGAUGGAUGAACGGAACUGCUCAUUAGUUUUUCAUAAUGAUGAUUUUCGAGCCAAAUGGGCUGGAAUGACAUCGGUUACGAUAUCCAAGGUUGGCUGGGGUGUUUGGACCGUACUUGGAUGCGAACGAAUAGAGAAAACAAUAGUUCUGAGCAUGAAAAGAUCGAUUCUGAUGUGGAUUUGGACACUCUAUGCACCAACCGUACUCUUAUUUAUAUGUUCUUGGUUAUCAUUUUUGAUUAAAACUAACCCAAUUGAGUAUCGUCUCAUCAUCAAUACCACAGCGUUCUUCACUACUCUUAUAAUUGUAAUCGCGAAUAGCCGGAAUGUGGCACAAACAUCUUAUCCAAAGGCUAUUGAUGUUUGGAAUGUGCAAAUUGUUACAUUUGCUUUUCUCAUACUUCUACAAUCUAUUUUUGUGGGCAAAAAAGAUGUAAAAGGGCAAAAACCACCGAGACGAAUCUACAGUUUUGGUGAUGAAUGCGAUGAAAAAAUGCAGUGGUUCAAUGACACGCCUUAUUAUGCCCAAUUACCGGAACGUCAGCCAACAGCCUUGGCCAAGAUUUUAGAUUACAUAUUUCGAGUCAUUUUGCCAACUGUAUUUUUGGUCACAUGCAUUCUCUACUUCAUACAUUACGCUUAUCCCUACAAAAGUUGA